GGCUUUCGAAUCUGAAAUUCGAUUUUACUCUGGAAAUGACCCCCUGGAUGUUUGGGACAGGUAUAUUAACUGGACAGAGCAGAACUAUCCUCAAGGGGGGAAGGAGAGUAACAUGUCAACGUUACUAGAGCGCGCUAUAGAGGCCCUACAGGGAGAGAAGCGUUAUUAUAGUGACCCCCGCUUUUUCAGUCUUUGGCUCAAAUUGGGGCAUCUGUGCAAUGAGCCCUUGGAUUUGUACAGCUAUUUACACAGCCAGGGGAUUGGCGUCUCCCUUGCCCAGUUCUACAUUUCAUGGGCUGAAGAAUAUGAAGCCAGAGAAAACUUCAAGAGAGCAGAUGCAGUGUUCCAGGAAGGGAUUGAACGCAAGGCGGAGCCCCUUGAAAGACUGCAGUCCCAGCAUAGACAAUUCCAGGCUCGAGUAUCUCGACAAGCUCUCUUGGCACUUGAGAAUGAAGAGGAGGAGGAGGUCUUGGGGUCUUCUGUACCACAGAGAAGCACACUAGCUGAGCUGAAGAGCAGAGGGAAAAAGAUGGCCAAAGUACCCAUCAGCCGUGUCGGAGGUGCCCUGAAGGCUCCGGGUCAGAGCAGAGGACUCCAGAAUGCAGCUCCUCAGCAGAUGUGCAGUAACCGCAGGAUCACGAUUUUUGAUGAAAAUGCUGAUAGCACUUCUAGGGCAGAGUUACCCAAGCCUGUAGUCCAGCCAUGGAUGGCACCCCCUGUCCCUAGGGACAAAGAGAAUGAGCUACAACCAGGCCCGUGGAACACAGACAGACCCUUGGAAUAUAGGCCUCAUGGCAGCAAUUCAGCCUCUGUAUCAGCUGUGCCCCCUUCGCUUCCCAGCUUUACUCCUUAUGUGGAAGAGAGCGCUCAACAGUCAGUCAUGACACCGUGUAAAAUUGAACCUAGUAUCAACCACAUUCUCAGCACCAGGAAGCCUGGGAAGGAAGAAGGAGACCCCCUGCAGAGGGUGCAGAGUCACCAGCAAGGUUCCGAGGAGAGGAAGGAAAAGAUGAUGUACUGUAAGGAAAAGAUUUAUGCUGGAGUCGGGGAGUUCUCCUUCGAGGAGAUCAGAGCUGAAGUGUUCCGGAAGAAGCUGAAAGAGCAAAGGGAAGCCGAACUGCUGACCAGUGCGAAAAAGAGGGAAGAAAUGCAGAAACAGAUUGAGGAGAUGGAGAGAAAGCUAAAGGAAAUCCAGACUAUUCAGCAAGAGAGAGCUGGUGACCAGCAGCAAGAAGACAAGGGGCCUACAGAGGAGACAGCCAGACUGCAGAUUGCUUCAGAGUCUAAGGAAAUGCUGGCAACAUCUCUGUCCCAUUCUGUCUGUCCACUAAGCUCAAAUCCCAGGGAAACUUUACCAGCCAUAAACAUUUUGCAAGAACAGCCUGACUCUAAAGGUCCCAGCAUUCCUUUCUCGAUUUUUGAUGAGUUUCUUUCAGACGAAAAGGACAAAAGUCCUGCUGCAGAUUCUCCACAGGCUCUCAAAGCCCAGCGAAGACCCCUUGCAGUUCUCAAAACUGCAGAAAUCAUUGCCUCAAAUGAGGACAUGUCUCCUGAUGUUUGU